CAGAAAGUGACCCUUGAAUCUUCCGGGUCCAUUUCCCCUCAGUUGAAACAGAGAUCACCUGGUUUUGGAAGUUGGAUUGAUAAGGGGAUUGCACCAAUGCAAAAGAAUGAUGACAUUGCAUGUGAAGGAGAAGUGAUGCAUGGAGAUGCAGUUAAUGUUGUAAAUAAGACGAAAUCUACUAAUCAGGGAAAUGGAAAGGGUUGUAGCUUGUUGAGUUUAAUGAACAAAGAGGAGUCUUCAAACACAAAACUGGUUGGAGUCCCUUCUGCAGCAAAGCCUGACUAUGAAUAUAUUGCUGAUAAAUGUGAGAGGAAUGAAAGAAAGGAUUGUUGGGAUAAAACAUGUGAUGGAUCAAGGAAAUCACCAAAUUCCUGUUCAAAGGUGAAGGACAAUUCUAGUAGUGGUGGUCCACUUCGCUAUGCACUCCACCUACGCUUUAUUUGCCCUUUUCCUAAGAAGACCAAUAGAUCUGCUCAAAAAAGCAAACAUGCUUCUCUUAAAGAAAAAUCUGGAUUAAACAUGGAAGGUGAACGAAGAUUCUACUUAUGUAAUGAUUUGAGGGUUGUGUUCCCUCAACGUCAUUCAGAUGCUGAUGAGGGCAAGUUGAAUGUGGAAUACCAUUUCCCUGAAGAUCCAAGGUACUUUGACAUCAACUGAAAUACUAGUUUACCUCAAAAAAAGAAAAAGAAAAAAGCAUGCUGCUUUCGCUGACCCUCUUGUACAUAAUCACAAGUUUCUCUCCACUCGAGUCAUGUCUUCUGGAAAAAUAGCACUAACCCUUUUCCUCAUGUAAAUACUAAAACAAUUUCAAUAAUUUAAUGGGUUAACUAUUUUCAAUUCCUGACCUAAUUAUACAAUUACCAUUAAAAGUU